AUGGUACUAAAAAUGUUCAAAUUUUGUUUCUAUGCGGAUGUUUCAGGGUUUCACACUUGGCAGGCCACUUAUGGCUGUGAGUUCACAGGAAACGGGAGCAAACAUGGUUAUUCACAAUACGGCUACGACGGGAGGACCUUCCUCACCUUUGAUAAAGAGACACUGAGCUGGGUGGCUCCUGAGCCCCAGGCCCAGAUCACCAAGAGGAAUUGGGAUGUUAAUGUGCAGUGGUCCCAGAGAAAUAAAGUCUACCUGGAGAAGGAAUGCAUUGAAUGGCUGGAGAAGUACCUGUCAUAUAGGAGGAAGGAGAUGCUGCUGAGGGCAGAGCCCCCGGUGGUGACGAUGAGCAGCAAGAUGGAGGCCGAUGAUAGGAUGGAGACGCACGUCUGCCGAAUCCACGGCUUCUACCCAAGGGAGAUCGAUGCCUCCUGGAUGAGGGAUGGGGAGGUCUGGCUCGAAGACACUUUCCGUGGGUCCAUAGCCCCCAAUGCGGAUGGGACCUACCACUAUUGGCUCGGCAUCCGGAUCGAUCCCAAAGAGAGGGGCCGCUAUCGGUGCCACGUGGAGCAUGAUGGACUGCAGGAGCCUCUGGAAAUGACCCUGAAGGUUUCAGAAUCCGACCUGGGGCUCAUCAUUGGCUGCGUUGUGGCUGGUCUUGUCCUGGUGUGUGUGAUUGCUGGGACUUUAUUCUUCAUGAAACAUCGGAAUGACUACAAAGCAGCACCAACAAGUUACAAAGGAUCCGACAGUUCAGACUGCGGGAGCAACCAGGCCAUUUAG